AAUAACAACAAGAGCAAUUUAUAUACCGAGACGAGCAGACAAGGAAGAGCAAAGAACCGAGCAAAAUAUGUUAUUUUAAACAUAUUUUAUUAGUACAAAAACACACAAUGGAAGCUUAAAAAUUAACGAGAUUUUUUGUAUACGCAAGGGUGUUUUUUUUUUUUCUUCUUCAUUUUUCUUUUGGAUAGCCGAAUAUUUAAAUAAUCCCCGAAAAGGAUGAAGGAUUUAACAGCCCAUAGUAACGAAGCCUUGAAAUACCUGAAACAGCUUAAUCUGCAUCUAGAACAGGAGACGAAUUUCCUGCCCAAGCAAACUGGAUUAAACCUGAUUGAGUCUGCUCCAGAGAAUGACAACUGUGUCUCAGCAAAACGCAGAGAUGCCAAAGUUGAAGAUCUCUGGAGCUUGACGAACUUUUUUGGGUUUAGUACGGAGACCUUUGUCCUCGCUGUAAAUCUGCUGGAUAGAUUUUUAGCAAUGAUGAAGGUGCAGCCCAAACACUUGUCCUGCAUUGGAGUCUGUUGCUUCAACAUUGCAGCUAAAGUAGUGGAAGAGCAGUGUAAUAUUCCGCCCACCCAUGACAUAAUCCGCAUCAGUCAGUGCAAAUGCACUGUUUCAGACCUCAAAAGAAUGGAGAAAAUCAUUUCUGAAAAACUGAAGUUUCAGUUUAAAGCUAUAACUGCCUUAACCUUUUUGCACUUGUACCACGCUGUUGCACUUUCACAUACCUCAGAAAGAAAGGAGAUUCUGAAUCUCGACAAACUCGAAGCCCAGCUAAAAGCCUGCUACUGUCGAUUUAUGUUCUCUAAGGCAAAACCAUCAGUAUUAGCCCUGUCUCUGCUCACUCUGGAGAUUGAAUCCCUGAAGUCCCGAGACUUGUGUGAAACUGCACAGCUUGUUCAGAAACAUUCAAGGAUUGUUGAUGGGGAUUUGCUGUACUGGAGAGAAUUGGUAUCUAAAUGUUUGGCAGAAUAUUCUUCACCUGAAUGUAGCAAACCCGAUCACAAGAAAUUGAUGUGGAUUGUUUCCAGGCGAACAGCUCAGAGUCUGCACAGCAGUUACUGCUGUAUUCCAGAGCUGCCGACAAUUCCUGAGGGAGGCUGGGAUGAGAGUGAAAGUGAGGACUCAUGUGAAGACAUGAGCUGUGGAGAGGAGAGUCUGAGCAGCUCCCCAAUGAGUCAUCUGGAUGGGGCUUUCUUUCCAGAAGAUCUCCGUCGCAAACCCAAGUGGCUUUCAGUACAGUAGCAACUGUGAAUCUUGUUUUAGACUGAGGAGGUCUUAGUACAACAUGUCAUUUCUGUUGAUUCCACACCAGUCUUCAUUGGAGUUCUGCUCACAUAAUAUUGGGCUAAACCAAGUGCCUGUGGGACACGUACAUUUUCUAUAUGUGGUUGUUCAGUUUCGACAUGUUGCCGUAAGAAAUAAUUUUACAGGUUGCAUUGAUUUGGCAGCUGACUGUUAUGCUAGGAUUUUAAACAUAUUGGUUUGUGAAAGUUUGCUUCCAGUUAGUAGGAAUACAAUUUUGAUUGUAGAUUAAUUAGUUCUGUUUGUACUUUUUACAUUCCUGAAGGUAAAGCACAAAGCAGCAGUAUCAAUACUUGCUAUGAUGCCAAGUACAUCAUUCUUGUGUUCCUCAUUUGAAAAACACAGUUGAAUAUCAGGGGAAAUGCCAAAAUAGUUAUUUUGCACAUUAUUUUUAUCUUUCAAGAUGAGAGUAGCUUGCAGGAACAAAAAAACAAACUGUGCCUGUGCAUGAAACUCACUGUUUGAGGUGCAGAAUGGCUGUGAAGCAUCUAUGGUGCUACAAUGUGUAUUGUGCUUUACUGCAGACUUUUCUGAAUUGCUCUGAAUUUUGUUUUGUUAUACUUUGAGAUUAUAUUGCAUGAUUUUUUUUGUUGUGAAUUUACUUUUAAGUGGCAACUUAGUUUGCAUAAAAGAGUUUACAUGCAAGAGUAAAGAGUAUGUUGUAUGUGAUAAGAUCUGAUUAGUUUAAAAUGUGAGUGGUGUCAGGUUUGGCUUGUAUGAACAUUUGUUGUAAGUUGACUGAUACUGUGUGUAAAGCUAACUUUGUAAAAAGAAAAAAAUACAACAUGUAUAAAAAUUGUAAAAUGCCAAAAAGUGAAUAUAUAUAAAAAAAAAAAAAUUGUGUUAAUGUACAGAAAAUUGCACACAUUUAUAUAAAGUUAUUUGAAAUGUAAAAUGUUCAUUAGAAAUGUAGCAUUGUGUAUAAUUGCCUGUAGAUAUUAACUUAUUGUUCAUAGUUAUAAAUAUUGUAAAUUUAGUUGUCAUGAUUCUGAAAAUUUUGCAAGAAUCUCAGGCAAAUAAAAAAUACUUUCUUUUUUUUAUAUAUAAAUGUUUUGGUCUUUUUGUGGGAUUGUCAACCUUUAAGUGCUAGAUACUUUUUAAACCUCAUUUAACUAUUUCAUAAUGAAUAUUUUACUGGUUCCCUAC